GCAGCAAGAAACCGCAAGGACAGGAUGGCAAAGCUCCCCACUACACACAGAAACCUUCCAUCAAACAGCAGCAGAAUCUGCUUUUGAUGACCUGCGUCCUGGAAGCUAAGCCAGCUCCCCAGAUCCGUUGGUUUAAAGGCACAACUGAGGUGACACCUGGAGGGAGAAUCUCCAUAAGCUUGAAGCCAGAGAGUGGGGAUGUGUAUACAGCAGUGUUACAAAUUCAGACUCCAGCAGCGGAAGAUGGUGGAAUAUACAAAUGCGUUGCUACUAAUGAAUUUGGUGAAUCCAGUGCUAAUAUCACACUUAACUUCCAAGCGGAUCUAAAACAAGCUAAAGCUGGAGGAGUUGCGCCCACAUUCAAAGAAAAGCCUAAAAUCAUCCAAGAUCCAUCGGGCAAGAACAUCAACAUCGAGUGCCACUGCACCGCCAGUCCGAAGCCUACUAUCACGUGGUACAAAGGAGCUUCUGUCCUUGCAGCUAGUUCUAGAGUUGUCCCAACUGUCACAGAAAAUGGCAACGAGUGCGUGCUAAAGCUGGAGAUUCUGAAUUUCACAAAAGAAGAUGGCGGUCAGUACAAGGUGACAGCAAAAAAUGAUGCAGGGGAGGGGAAUGCAAAUAUCACCAUCAAUUUAGAAGG